UAUGGCAACGAGCGAAGGAAAUACUGCUCCAAGCGGCAGCAGUGGCAGCGCCAGCUUUGAUGACUUCAUUUCCCAGUUCAAUGCACGGGUCCAAAUACAGCAGCAACUGCAGUACCUCCGAUCGAAUCCCACCAACCAGCUACCGGAACCGUCCCAGCAACCGGCAGCAUCGUUCCAGUAUUAUGGCUUUACCUCCAACCUUACUCCAACGGCGGCCGAAUUUAUCCCACGCAAAUACCAAACUGACCCCCCGACACCGAGCAAUCCGAUAGACACUACCACCACACUGGCGCCUGCCGAGCCGGAAGAUCCGGAUGAUAGAGAAAAUGUUCGUGCCGGACCAUCGAAUCACUACGGUGCGGGACGAUCCGCCGCAGGCCGUCCACGUCGAAACGAAAGCCUUAAACCACGCAACGGUUGGCACACGCGAGACGACCGUCCCGUGGUGGGCCGUCAAGCAAAGUGGAAAUCCAACCAAUCUACCCCCGGAAGUGGACGACUACGGGUGCACGAGCCGGACGAUUACGCGGCUGAUUGUCCACCACGGAAUGGGGAAAAUUCUGCUCGCCGUGCCGGGACAAACCGGUGGUGUGGAAAUCGCACACUACAAUCGUACGAACCGGCGGAUGAGAGACGUUCGAAAAAGCCGCCCGAAUCACCAACGACGAUGAUAAAGCCACUUUCGAAGUGUUCCCAGCGGGAAAAGCUUAUGCGCGAGAUCGAAUGCUACCGGCUCGAGUGUUUGGUGUGCUGUGAAAUUGUAAAACCGAUGCAAUCGAUCUGGUCCUGCGGCAAUUGCUAUCACAUACUGCAUCUGGCAUGCGUUACCAAGUGGGCUACUAGCUCGCAGGCGGAGGAUGGUUCCGGAUGGCGCUGCCCCGCUUGCCAGCACGUGACGAAAAAGAUUCCGCGCGAAUAUUACUGUUUCUGCGGGAAGCAGAAAAAUCCGGCCUACAGUCGGGAAGAUUUGGCCCAUUCGUGUGGCGAAGUGUGCGGCCGGCGUGAGCUUUGUGAGCAUGCAUGUACACUGCUGUGUCAUCCUGGACCGUGUCCACUUUGUCAGGCUUCGGUACAGCGAAAGUGUGGCUGUGGACGGUUGGUAAAACCGGUCCAGUGUUGUCUAAAGGAAGAAUUGCUGUGUGAUGCUGUGUGCGAUAAGCCAUUAAACUGUCUCUUGCAUCGGUGUGUGAAACGUUGUCACGCAGGAGAAUGUGAAGAGUGUGCGGAACAGGUGCAGCAUAAGUGUUACUGUGGCAAAAGUGAACGACAGGUCAGCUGUAGUGUGGAAAAUCUCGAGAAAACUCGAUACGGGUGUGGAAAAACGUGUGGCCUACCGUUGGCGUGUGGAAAUCACAAGUGUCCGCGUGCGUGUCACGAGGGUGAAUGUGAACCGUGUGCCGAUGCACCGGAACUUGUGCUUAGCUGUCCGUGUGGGCGGGAAGCAGUCGAACCUGGGAGUCGUCAAUCCUGUCUCGAUCCAAUACCAACCUGCACCGGAAACUGUGGCCGAAAGCUUACGUGUGGUCCACCCGGUGCAAACCAUUGCUGUGAAGCCCAAUGCCACCGGGAGGCAGUUUGUCCACCGUGUAAAAAGUCCACCAUGGUAAAGUGUCGCUGCGGUAGCAUGGAUCAAUCGAUGAAGUGCAAAGACCUGACGACCCGUGCCGAUGAUGCGCGGUGCAAGAAGCGAUGCGUACGAAGGCGUAGCUGUGCCAAACAUAAGUGCAAUCAGCUGUGUUGUAUCGAUUUUGAUCACAUCUGCCCAAAAACCUGCUCACUGCCACUGUCCUGUGGGCGGCAUCGCUGUGAUAAACCCUGCCACAAGGGUAACUGCCGGCCUUGUCCUCGUGUUUCCUUCGACGAACUUACGUGUGACUGUGGUGCUAAUGUUAUCUAUCCUCCUGUACCUUGUGGCACGAAGAAACCGUCCUGUGAGCGCCCGUGUAAUCGACGGCAUGUUUGUGACCAUCCGGUACUACACAAUUGUCACGCCGAAGCGGAAUGUCCACCAUGUGUAGUGCUUACGACGAAGUCCUGCUAUGGGAAGCACGAACAGCGAAAAACCAUCCCAUGUUAUCAGGAAUCGUUUAGCUGUGGGAUGCCUUGUGCUAAACCACUCGGCUGCGGUCGACAUAAGUGCAUUAGAACUUGCCACGAAGAUGAGUGUGCACAGGAAGGCGCAGUUUGUAAGCAAAGCUGUACGAAAACGCGGGAAACGUGUGUACAUCCGUGCAAUGCACCGUGCCACGAUGAAGAUUGUCCGGACACGCCGUGCAAAAUAUUGGUCGAAGUAACAUGUGAGUGUGGAAAUCGGAAGCAGCAACGCACGUGCCACGAUUUCCACAAAGAGUACCGUCGCAUAGCAACAGCACAGCUUGCUUCGUCGGUGCAGGAAAUGCAGCGUGGUGGAUCGGUCGAGCUGAGCGACAUUCUUGGACCGAUUCGACCGAAGUCUAAUAAAACACUGGAGUGCAAUGAGGAAUGUCGUCUACUGGAACGUAACCGCCGCAUUGCGAUCGCACUGCAAAUACGCAAUCCCGAUCUGCCCUCCAAACUGCAGCCCAACUAUUCCGAAACGUUGCGUGCCUAUGCAAAGAAAGAUCCGGCCCUGGUGCAGAUGAUACACGAAAAGCUUACCGAACUGGUAAAGCUUGCCAAGGAAAGCAAGCAAAAGUCACGCUCCUACUCGUUCCCGGUGAUGAACCGCGAGAAGCGCGGGAUAGUGGAGGAAAUGUGCCAAAUGUUUGGCGUUGAAGCGGUUGCGUACGAUGCGGAACCGAAUCGGAAUGUCGUUGCGACGGCGGAUCGACUAACGUCGUGGUUACCGAGUAUGAGCCUAAUGGAGGUACUGAAGCGGGAGAAUGGGCAGCGCCGUAUUAUUGUGCCGAGUUUGAAUGCAUGGGGUCGUACGAACUAUGCUGGUGCGGCAAGUUCGAGCAGCAAGUGAAAAGUGGUGUGGCCUGA